AUGGCACCCAAGAGAGAGAAGCAAACUGUCGAACAACCACAGGAGCAGCCGGAGGUUCAGGAGGACAGCGACGAUGCAAUCUACCGCGAGCCCUGGUACUCCACACUCAUUCAGAUCGUGGUGCCCUUCUUUCUGGCCGGCAUGGGAACUAUAACGGCGGGCAUUAUGCUGGGCAAUGUCCAGCACUGGACCGUGUACAAGCAAAUGACCGAGCUGUUCGUGCUGGUUCCAGUGCUAUGCGGCCUCAAGGGCAACCUGGACAUGUGCGUAGCAGCCCGAUUCUGCACGCACUCGAAUCUGGGGCACUUGAAGAACAAAGGCGACACCUGGAAGAUAGUCAUUGGCAACAUGGCGCUGGUUCAGGUGCAGGCCAUUGUCUGCGCCCUGCUGCUGUCCACCUUCACAAUGGCUAUCACCUCCGGGGUGGCCCACAAGCUGAAGUUCGAAAACUUUUCCACGCUGACAGCGGCGGCCCUGAUCACAUCCAGUACCGCGUGCUUGAUCCUCGACUCGGGGCUGAUGGUCAUCAUCCUGUUCUCCCAGCGCUACAGCUUCAAUCCGGACUACAUGGCCACGCCGAUUGUGGCCUCCAUCGGGGAUGUCGUGACGAUCAGUCUGCUCUCCUUCAGCUCUGCCUACAUGUACGACCUGGCCAAGUCGUACAUGUGGAUUAAUGUUUCCAUAAUGGCCUGCUACCUGGCGGUCUUGCUGCCCCUUUGGCUGAUAGUGGCACUCCGGAACAGCUACACACGCCCGCUUCUCAUGAUGAGCUGGGUACCAGUACUGGGAGCGCUGUGCAUCAGUGAGUUUGGGGGCUUUGUGCUCUGCUCGUCGGUGGAGCAGUUCAUGGGAUUCGCCGUCUUCUCGCCCAUCAUCAAUGGCAUCGGCGGGAAUUUGGUUUGCGUGCAGGCCAGCAACAUGGGCACCAUCCUGCACAGACGCUCCAUGCUCGGUCAGCUGCCCACGGACACGCGCAUCUGUGAGUGGCCGCACAGAGUGUACUUCUAUGGCACUGUUUACUCCCGCGUUUCACGUAUUCUGAUUAUUGUCUCCAUACCGGGCAACGUGAUUCUCGUGUAUAUCGCCGAUUAUCUCUAUAAGGGGCACAUUUCUGUUGGUCCUGUGUUCUUGGGUUCCUUUGCUUUGACCAGCCUGCUGCAGCUGCUCAUACUCCUGUGGUGCGCCCACUUCCUGGUGCAUCUGCUCUGGAAAUACAGGAUCGAUCCCGACAGCUCUGCCAUUCCCUAUCUGACGGCUCUGGGAGAUGGCCUGGGCACAGGCCUACUCGCCGUCAUGUUCCGUCUGCUGCGAUACUUCGACAAAGAAUACACUGCCAAUGAACCUGUGUUCAGAAUCAAGUUGAACAUAUGA